AUGGCGCUGUGCGGCCGCUCCGCGCUCCUCCCGCCGCCCCCGCGACACCGGCCCCGGCCCCGAGCCCCGGGGCCCUUCGUCAGCUGCAGCCGCCUCCGAAAUAUUCAGAGUAUUUUGACACAGAGCAGCAAAUCUCAGCCUGAUGGAAUCCUCUGCAUUUUAGGGAUAGACAGUCGAUACAAUGAAGGGUGCAGAGAGCUGGCAAAUUAUCUGCUCUUUGGUUUGUACAACCAGAACAACAAUGACUUUGAAAGGACAGGUUUUCCUGAGGAAGUUCUGGAUGAUAUAAUCAUAUUAAUAAAACCUGACAGUGUUCAUCUGUACUGCAACCCUGUGAAUUACAAUCAUCUUUUACCCUAUGUGGCACACUGGAGGAACUUGCAUUUCCACUGUCUGACUGAAAAUGAGUAUGAAGAUGAAGAAGCUGCAGAGGAAUUCAAGAUUUCCAGCUUUGUGGACAUGGUCAGGGAUUGCAGCCGCAUUGGGAUCCCCUACAGCUGCCAAGGCCACCUGCAGAUAUUUGACAUGUUCAUCGUGGAGAAGUGGCCGAUCGUGCAGGCCUUCGCGCUCGAGGGGAUCGGGGGCGACGGCUUCUUCACCAUGAAAUACGAAUUAAUGGAUGUCAGUGCUGAUUUAUGGAAGACCUACAGCAAAAUGGAUCCUGUGUCCUUGGAGGAUUUGCUUUUUGAGGAUUUAAUGAUUUUUGAACACCAGUGGACCAACUUUUUUGCUAAUUUUGACACUGAAAUCCCCUUCAUUCUGGAGCUCUCAGAAUCUCAGGCUGGGGAGCCCUUCAGAAGUUAUUUCAGCCAUGGCAUGAUCUCAAGCCAUAUAACAGAUAACAGCCCAAGCAGGCAGCCCUUUGUCCUGUUUGGCAGCCACUCCACAAAGGAAAACUUGAACACUGGGAACUUUAAUUUUCCAUCUGAAGGGCAUCUGGUCCGAAACACUGGCCCUGGGGGAAGCACUGCCAAGCAUAUGGUAGUGCAGUGUGUAUCUCCAAAGGGACCCCUGGCUUGCUCAAGGACCUAUUUUUUUGGAGCCACUCACAUUCCUUUCCUGGGAAAUGACAAUGAGAUACACAAGCAAGCUGAGCAAGUUACGCUGUUGUCGCAAAUAUAUUCUGCUGUUGUAGAGGCUGUGCUUGCUGGCAUUGAGUGCUAUGCUAAAACUUCCACUGAAUCCAAGGCAAAGGAGGUGGCAGAGCAGGUGCUGCUGUCUGUGUUAGACACCCUUGGCUUAGCACAGCUGAAAUCUGCUUUACGCUCCAAAAUUGCUUUUCAAAUCCAGGCUGUGAACAACCAUGGCAGAAUUACCCCAUUAGAUAACGAGGAUAGCCUGAGUUUGAUCAAAACGGCAUCCAUGAUGGUGUUUGACAUUCCUGACCUGCUGACAGGAAGAGGAUGCUUGGGAUCUGUUGUGUUUUCAGAGUCCUUCCUGACAUCACAAAUACAGGUCAAAGAAAAAGAUGGCAGCAUCCAUCCAGACUCCAGGCACGUUAUCCUGACUGCAGCUAUUCCAAGAUUUGCUUCCUGGCUGGUUGAAGACAGUGAUGUGAAACUGUCUGAAAAGGCACAGCAAGUAUUGAAGGAGGACAAAUCUUUCCUGGGCACUUUACUCACUGGGGGUGAUGGAGUUUAUAUCUGUUCCAGCAAUCCACAGGCCAUGCCUGCAGAAGGUAAACUGUAUUUCUUUUCUGAUGGAAUUCUGUUCUGUGAUCCCCACCAUGGCAGCAUUUCCAUUCCCAAGAACCACAUGAGCUCCAUUUCUCUCUAUGAUGGGGAUUCCAACAGCAUUGUUGCUGCUCUCUUCAUAGACUUCAAAAGUUCUCUGCUUCCUCAUCUCCCCAUUGAAUUCCACACCCAAAACAACUUUCUGAUGAUUGCACUUUUCCCCAAGAGAAAGAUUUAUAAAGCUUUUUAUUCCCAGGUUUUCUCUUCAUGGCAUAACCAGACAAACUCAGGAUUAUCUUUAAGGGUUGUCCCAGAAGAAUUCCUAUCUGAGGAACAAAAGAGGCUGCAUUCCAGUGUUCAGAAGCUCUUCAAUGCCUCUUUUGCUUCUGGGGAAAGAUGCAGGGAGCUGAAACUGUCUGCUGCCAUUCCAGGAUUGGAGAGGUUUAUGCAGCACUUCACAGUCAGCAGUGUCAGCACCAAGCCAGUGAUGAGGGCACAUCUUCCUGUCCUUCUCCAACAGUCAGAAACCAUUUCUGACAGUAAAGCAGAAGGUGAUAAGGUGAUCAUCACCAUCCUCACUGGGCUGCCCGGGUGCCGUUCCAGCGACCUCUGCUCUUUCCUUAUCACUUUUACCAAGGAGCACGGGAGGUGGAUUGUGUAUCGGCAGACCAUGGACAGCCCGCAGUGUUUCAGUGCCUCCCACUUCCAGCGCUUCCUGGCCGGGCUCCUGGAGGCCCAGCAGAACCUUGGGGUCCAUCAGCCCACCCUGAAGAGCACUGGGAAGCCCACUGGGAAGAACAACAGGCUCCUGGUGGUGCUGCAAGGGUACACUGAUGUUAUUGAUGUUGUGCAAGCUCUGCAGACUCACCCUGACCCAGAUGUGAAAUCUUCUUUCAUCAUUGGAACAAUCAACACCUGUGUGGAGCCUCUGAGCUGCUACAUGGAACACAGGCUUCUUUUUCCCAAGUUCUUGGACCAGUGUUCCCAAGGACUGGUGAGUAAUGUGGUUUUCACAAGUCAUGCCACAGAGCAGAGGCACCCACUGCUGGUGCAGCUGCAGAGCCUGAUCAGAGCAGCAAAUCCUGGAGUUUCCUUCAUCCUGGCAGAAAAUGGGAUUGUAACAAGGAACGAGGAUAUUGAACUAAUUCUCUCAGAAAGCAGUUUUUCAAGUCCUCAGAUGAUGAGAGCUCGAUAUUUAAUGUACCCUGGCUGGUAUGAGGGCAGAUACGGGGCUGGGCCCGUGUUCCCUCCCAUGGUUCAGAUCUGUGUGUGGUUCAGCCGCCCUCUGGAGAAAACAAGAUUUGUCACCAAAUGCAAAGCAAUUAAGUCGUUGCUCAAGCCAAGUCCUUUUUCUGGAAACAUUUAUCACAUCAUGGGCAAAGUGAAGUUUUCAGAUGCUGAUAAAGUCAUUGAAGUGUGUCACAACACAGCAGCAAAUUCCCUCAGCCUGGUGCCUGUUCCAGAGGGGCCAACUCCUCCUGAUUCCAGAAAUGAUCCCAGAGACUGCAGCAGUCAACAGGAAUAUUUCCUUGUGUUCAUUGGCUGCUCCCUGAAGGAAGAGGAUAUCAAAGAUUGGCUCAGAGAAACUGCAAAACAGAAACCUCAGAGGAAAGCCCUGAAAACCAGAGGAAUGUUAACCCUUCAGGAAAUCAAAAACAUCCACGUGAAACGCCACUUGGAUCCACUCCCAGCUGGUUAUUUUUACAAUGGGACUCAAUUUGUGAAUUUUUUUGGUGACAAAAUGGAUUAUCAUCCAUUAAUGGACCAGUUCAUGAAUGAUUACUUGGAAGAAGCCAACAGGGAAAUUGAGAAGUACAACAGGGAGCUGGAGGAGCAGGAGUACCACGACCUCUUUGAGCAGAAGAUUUAAGCACGUGGAUCCUGAGUGUUCCUGUCCUUGUGUCAGGAACCAAAAAUGCUGUUUUGUCCUUCUGGCUCACAAGAAAUCGAGUGAAAUGUCUGUUUUCAGCACUCCUUCCCAAACAAAGGGAUUGUUCCCCUAAGGUUGGCAUUUAACAUGGUAACUGCUUAGCUGUUUGUACUGUCAGGAUUGCUUCCACUUCACCUUAAUUCCAGACUGUCCAAAGCAUCACCUGGAAUCUCUGGCUUGUGGUGGAAACGUGGGAAAAAAGAAGAAGAAGGAGGAGAAAAGAAGCAAAACUGGAUUUAUUUCCUAAAAAAGGUCAGAAUGUAAUUGUGGAAUUGGGCCAUGGUGCAGAUAUCAAACAAUUCCUGGGUGUCCCUUGGAAAUCGUUGCACAGGAGCAUCGAUGGUCAGGGGGGAGCUCAGGAUGUGGGAUUGGGGUUCCCAGAGCAAGAAAUGGGGGAACAGACUUGGAAGAGUCCCCAAUCCCAGAACUCUUUGGGUGUUCCUGAAGCAAAAAAUGGGGGAAUAAUUUAAAAAAGUAAGAGAGUCCCUAAUGCCACAACUGCUGUUGGGAUGUUCCCAAAGCGAGAAAUGGGGGAAUAAGGGGAACAACUCAGAAAAGUCCCUAAUCCCACAGCUCUUGGUGUGUUCCUAAAGUGAGAAAUGGGGGAAUAGUGGGAAAAACUCAGAAUGGAGUCCCUAAUCCCACAGCUCUUGGUGUGUUCCCAAAACAAGAAAUGGGGGAACACUUUCUUGGAGUCCCUAAUCCCAAAGCUCUUGGUGUGUUCCUAAAGUGAG